ACUGCUGUCAGGAGAGGCACACACUUCCACCCUUCCAUUAGUUUUUGCUGUACAACGAAUUGCUUAACCAAAUCCGCCCUGCAGUUAUUUUGUUUCUUGUAAUGAUACCGAUGUGAUUUUUUUGGAGAGCAUUUGAGGUUUCCUGCAGUCCUCCGACACAGACGUCGAUUCUGUCAUCCCGCAGCGUUCCUCGCGCGCACUCGCACCCGGAGCCGUGAGACUUUCACAGACGCUCCCAGGACCCAGAACCGCCAAACUGUUUGAAGUGGAGAGCUUCCACCCGUCCCGUGCGUCCAUGGAAGGGGACGUUAUGGAUAAACUGGAGGACAUGGCCUCAGUGUGCGAGUUCGACCCCAUCACGGGGGAUAUCCCCGCUACCAAAGUGGAGAUCACCGUCUCAUGCAGAAACCUGUUAGAUCGAGACACGUUCUCCAAGUCUGAUCCUUUGUGUAUUCUUUACACUCAGGGAACGGAGUCGAAGCAGUGGCGCGAGUUUGGGAGAACUGAAGUCAUCGACAAUACCCUGAACCCGGAUUUUGUGAGAAAGUACAUCCUGGACUAUUUCUUUGAGGAGAAGCAAAAUCUUCGCUUUGACAUUUAUGACAUCGACUCCAAAAGUCCAGAUCUGACCAAACACCCCUCCGAUUUCAACGACUUUCUGGGUCAGACCUUCUGCACUCUGGGAGAAAUAGUGGGUUCACCAGGCAGUCGUCUGGAAAAGCCUCUGGGUGGUAUAACUGGAAAGAACUGUGGUAAAAUUAUUCUCACUGCGGAGGAACUAGGAAACUGCAGGGACUGUGCCACAAUGCAGUUCUGUGCUAAUAAACUGGAUAAGAAAGACUUCUUCGGCCGCUCAGACCCGUUCAUGGUGUUCUACAGAAGUAAUGAGGACGGAACGUUCACAAUCUGCCAUAAAACCGAGGUAGUAAAGAGUACACUGAACCCUGUGUGGCAACCAUUCAACAUCCCUGUCAGAGCACUCUGCAACGGAGACUAUGGCAGGUCAAUUAAAGUGGAGAUAUAUGACUGGGACAGAGAUGGAAGUCAUGAUUUCAUCGGCGAGUUCACCACCAGCUACAGAGAGCUUUCCCGCGGGCAAAGCCAGUUCAACGUAUACGAGGUUGUGAAUUCCAAAAAAAAACUGAAAAAGAGGAGAUACAUCAACUCGGGGACUGUGACAUUGCUUUCGUUCACUGUGGAAGCCGAACACACAUUCCUGGACUACAUCAAAGCAGGCACCCAGAUCCAUUUCACAGUGGCCAUCGAUUUCACUGCUUCCAAUGGGAACCCUUCUCAGUCCACUUCUCUGCACUACAUGAACCCUUAUCAGAUGAACGCGUACGCCAUGGCGCUGAAAGCCGUUGGCGAGAUCAUUCAGGACUACGACAGCGAUAAGAUGUUUCCAGCACUGGGUUUCGGAGCCAAACUUCCUCCUGAUGGCAGGGUUUCCCAUGAAUUUCCCCUGAAUGGGAAUGUAGAUAAUCCAUACUGCAACGGGAUGGAGGGCAUCCUGGAGGCUUACCACCAGAGUCUAAAGACUGUCCAGCUUUACGGACCCACCAAUUUUGCUCCUGUCAUCAACCAUGUAGCAAGGUAUGCAGAUGCAGUUCAGGAUGGCUCUCAAUACUUUGUGCUUCUCAUCAUCACAGACGGUGUGAUAUCCGACAUGGCUCAGACCAAAGAAGCCAUUGUCAAUGCGGCUAAGUUACCCAUGUCUAUCAUUAUUGUUGGAGUUGGCCAAGCGGAGUUUGAUGCCAUGGUAGAACUGGAUGGUGAUGACGUGAGAAUAUCCUCCAGAGGAAAGCUGGCAGAGAGAGACAUCGUACAGUUUGUACCAUUUAGAGACUACAUGGACCGGACAGGUAACCAUGUUCUAAGCAUGGCACGGCUUGCCAAAGAUGUCCUGGCUGAGAUCCCAGAACAGUUAAUCUUAUACAUGAAAUCAAGGGGCAUCAAACCCAACCAGACACCACCGUACUACAGCCCACCUGUGCUCAGCCCGACACCCACUGUAUGAGUUUACCCUGUCGGCUCCAGACUACCGAAGGCAGAAAAUAACUUCUUGAUGUCGCUUUCAAUUUGGAUCUCUUUCAAAGACAACACAACUCAUUAAGUUUGAGUUUAACAGCUGUUUGGAAGAGCGGAUGACUUCAGUUCUCCGUUUCUGGGACUGGCACGCUGGAGAAGUGGAAAACCAUAUAUCAGCGUUUUGGCAUUUGUACAGAAAAUGCCGUGUUUAUUUGUGUUUUCCCCAUAUUUGGCUAAUAAGUCAAGACUGAAAGAGAUUUAUACAUGUGAAGCUUGAUGUCAUUCAGAUCGAGUGUGACUUGAUGGGAGAGAUCACCAAACGCAAGCACCAAUUCUGAGCUCGUUUAGCAUCUCAACAUUAGCAACUGAACAAAGGUAGUUCUUGUGUCGCAUGUCAGGAUUCUAUGUUUAUUAAGAGAGUGAUAUAUAAGAGAAUAUUUAAAUGUAUCUGUAAUUAUUUUAUAGUUAUAGGGAAGUGUGAAAGAAAUUUGUGGACUUUUUUUAAGUUCUUGCCUGAAAUAUUGCACCCGUUGGGUAAUCUGUGUAGUGGACUGUUUUUUUUUUGUAGGGGGUUGUGUUAUGGUCUUUCAUUUUUCCACAGGGAUUUGGGCUUUUUAAUACAAAAUAAUGUCUCAUUGCAGUUUCCCAUUUAUAGAUUUUUAGAACUGUGAAGAGAUUUUCUAUUCUAAAGCAUAAAAUCCAUAAAUCAACUGUGCAUUGCAUUCAUAAAUUGUAGUAAUUGUUUUAACAUUCUAUAGAAGAAUCAUUAAAAAAAAUGUAAUCCAUUGUUUAAAAGCUGUUUUAAAAAGCUUUACGGACGCAAGUCUAGAAGCACAAAUAUUUUCUUAAUACUGUAUUAUUUGUAAACCACGUAAAUCAGACACAGUUCACGGAUUCAGUCAUUACUCACACUAUACACAGACUGAACUUUCAGGUAUAAACAGCUCUCAAGAAACAAUUUGUAAAUACAUUAACAGAACGCCCUGCAGCCAGUAUAGUCUAUCUAAAUACUCAACAGUGACUUUUCUGACGCACAAAGCCCAUCAGGGAGAGAAACUCACUGGUAUACAUAUGCGAUGAGACAAGCUGUUUUCUUUUUUCUCACAUGUGUGACUCACCUGAUGCCCAUGUCCAACCAUGCUGAACCUUUAACCUCUCAUUCUCUGGAUUCUCCAUGAAGUUUAAAACACUUUUCUAUUAUUUACUGUGACAAGAUUUCAAAAGAUGAGAAAUGUGUUGCAUGCAACUGACCCGCAGUGUAAAUAAAACUGUUAUAUUGUAUCACUGGGUAUGCGCAGCUCAUUUGGUAAACCAAACCACACUUUUGUAUGUUCACAUUAGGGAAUUAUUUUCCAAUUUCUGAUGAUGACUAAAGCAUUAUUUAGAAAUAGUUGUAUUUGUUACAAUAUGCUAUGCUGUGAUAUUAAUUUAGACUUUAAGAGACCUAAAAUAGUCAGUUGAACUUCAGAAACUGUAUUUAGGUUAUUAAGCAUUAGAAACACCAUUUUACAUGCAUCUGUAUAAAUGUAUUUGUUCUGAUGAACACAGAGAAAGAUAUCUGGAAGAAUGUUUAUAUUCACAGUUCUUGAACCCAAUUGACUACCAUAGUAAGAAAAAUCAAGUCAUAAUUUUCUUUGUUCUGUUAAAAGAAGAUAUUUUGAAGAAUGUAGCACAGCAAACAGUUCUUUUGACCAUUGUCAUUUAUUACUAUGUGAUAGUCAUUGAUGGCCGCAGGAACUGUUGGUUACAAACAUUCUUCCAAAUAUCUUUCUCAGUGUUCAAUCAAACAAAGCAAAAAGUAUUCAGGUUUGGAACAACUAGAGAGCGAAUCAUUCAUGAGAGAAUUUUCAGUUUUAGAUGAACUAUCCCCUGAGCCAUUUUGCUUACCCACAGUUUUUUUUUGUCCUAACAAUGAGAUCAACAGUGUUUUGCUUUUAAUGCAACAUACAUAUAUGUGGUUUCUAAACAGCUGCUAAUGAUCCGAGUAAAAAUGUUACUGCAAAUUUAAGGACCUUUUUCACCAAACAUUAAUUCUACGCUUUUUAACUCAACUGAAUGGCUGAGUUUUUCUGCAGCGGAUUCAGAAAAUUUGCUCCUAAUUAGAUGUUUAAACCUUCUUUCUCACUUGACACGAGUCAUAACAGCAUACGUUGGCUAAAGAGAAUGAAGUGAUUCAUCAAUAACUUAAGAAGUGAAGAUUAUGUUUUACAGAGGGGGUGCUGGGUAAAGUGUUUGCAUGUGUUGACAGGUGUAUUGAUUUUAAGGGAUUAUUCACUUUUCAGUAGAAAUUGUAAAUGGUAAGCUAAUCGCUAAUAGCCCAGACGCUGGGAAAUGUCUACAGCUUUUUUCCUUUGUUUUUGUCUUAAAGAGGCAUUUUACUGGAACCUUUUUAAUAUUCAUGAAACACUGUUGAUUGUAAAUCCAGAGAAAACAUUACCAGCUUGAAACACAUGUAUAUCACUAUCCAGAGAAUGGUAAUGGGUUAAUUUUAUGGCAUGGUGUAAAUCAGAAGUCGAGAAAUGAUUGAAAUCAAAAUGAAAAACUGCAUCAUAAAAUAAAGGACAGUGUGUAUUUUGGUUAAACAUGUGGCCCUCGUCCAGUGCCAACGUUCCCUCUGUGAGAUUUGCAUGAUUGUGCCAAAAUUUCCGACAGGUUCUCUCUGUGUUAAACCUUUGCUGCUCGUUUCAUUCUAACCUUAAUACAGAGCAUGACGCAUCAAAUUCUUGCUGGAUUUUCUAUGCUUCUCUCCUUUUUCUCAUCUUAUUUCCCUCUUUAUCAGUUGAAAUGCAUGGUGAGCUAUUUCCAGUCCAAACAGAAAACAUUGCUGUUGUCAUUCCUGUGGUGUUUGAACUUUGUAAUGGAUUGCCUUAAAAAUGACAAUGAAUAAAACGACAUUUUUUGAGAAGAA